CUACACAAACCCUCUGUUUCUCUUUCUUUUUCUGUCUCUGUCUCUGUCUCGCUCUCUCUCUCUCUCUCUCAAGGCUUGCGGGGGCGCACCUGAAGUCUUGAACUCUCAGUCUCAACUCACAAGCUGCGCAGUGAUGUCUUCAAGCUCUUUCUUACAACUGUAUCGCUGAAGUCCAGUUCAUUAAACAUGUCGGCCGCAUCGAGAGGCCUCAUUUCUCGUAUCAGACUUCUCUCAAUUGGUCUUAGGACAGCAACAAAUGCAACAACGACGACGAACAGCUGCUAUCAACUCAGGAGAUUCAGUGCUGAGUCUGUGGUAGUCGAUGAUGGAUGUGAGAUCGACGACGAUGGGACAAGGAUCAUUGAGGCGAGGCCGGGAGUAAUGACACCCCAUUCGAAGAGGACUGGGGCAAUCGCUAUUAAGUGUGGGAUGACAGCGCUUUGGGAUAAAUGGGGAGCUAGGGUUCCGAUUACCGUCCUCUGGUUGGACGAUAAUAUUGUAUCGCAGGUUAAGACGAUCGAGAAGGAAGGGAUCAGCUCCCUACAGAUUGGAUGCGGACAGAAAAAGGCAAAACAUUUGACGAAGCCCGAAGUUGGUCAUUUUAGAGCUCAGGGCGUUCCACUCAAGAGGAAAUUGAGGGAAUUUCCGGUGACAGAAGAUGCGCUUCUUCCUGUUGGUACUCCGAUCACAGUCCGUCAUUUUGUCCCGGGGCAAUACGUGGAUGUUACAGGAAUCACGCGGGGGAAAGGUUUUCAGGGCGGGAUGAAAAGAUGGGGAUUUUCUGGUAUGCCUGCAUCUCAUGGUGCUUCAUUAUCACAUCGAAGCAUUGGUUCUACUGGUCAAAGAGAUGCUCCUGGAAGGGUUUUCAAGGGCAAGAAAAUGCCUGGGCGCAUGGGUGGGAAGCAAUGCACGGUUAAAAAUGUAUGGGUCUACAAGAUAGAUCCUGCAAGGAAUUUGAUGUGGGUGAAAGGCCAGGUCCCGGGUGCUGAAGGCAAUUUUGUGUUUAUAAAGGAUGCUGUUUACAAGAAACCUGAUAUUUCAUUGCUACCAUUCCCGACUUAUUUUACUCCAGAUGAUGAAGAUACAUCAGAAUUAAAACCUCUGGUGGCUGAUCUAGGGGAAAUAGAUCCUUUCAUGGCAGCAGAUUGAAAAAAUAGAAUAUGAUAUUCCUCCAAAUGCUGGUCUUUGUUAUUCUUUUGUAGGACCAGUUGUUGCAAUCUCAGUUUGGUCUUAUUAUGGGUAGCACCCGUUUAUUCGUUAUUCAAGAAUCAGCUGAGAUACGACUGAACUCAAUUCAUCAUUCUAUAUAAUUAGGAGAAUGACGAGCAGAGAUUGUAAUUCUAUUUUUGAGUUCAUCUAACCGAUGAUUUUGAAGUUCUGGAAUUUUAUGUUUCAAAUAAAUAUUGAAGUUUGGUCCAUCCUUUCAUGUUAUGGGAAUUGGCAAAUGACGUAUUUUUGUUUGGAAUGC